CAGUGCAGCCACAAAGAGCAGACCGCUUAUACACGCAACCUAACUAACCUUAAUCGACUUUCGCGAGGAGAGAUAUUAUGUGCAUUUGAUGUGAAACAGAGUCAACACAGAACGAGUGUUGUAGUAACACAGGUAUUCUGCGGCACGCGGUAUUUAAAAAGUAAUUAAAGUACGUCCGAACGAAUCAGUCUUACACAUGAUAAACAUGUCCUCUUUAUGCGACAUGGAUAUCGAAGAUUUCGGAGAUUUUGUCACAUCGUUGGAUCUAGUUCCCAAGGUGAAGAAGCACUCGAAGAAUGUCAGGAUACGAGGGGUAACAAGAAAGCAAGAAUCUCAGGAAGCGCCGCAACCGUCCCUCUUGUCGAGUAUAAUACCCGGCACGCAGACAGUAUAUCCCAGGGUUACAAUCUGAUAGACGACAAGCUCAAAGCAGAUCUGUGGCUCCUGAAUUCGUGCACGGUCAAAAAUCCGGCGGAGGAUCAGUUCAGAAACGAGAUUGAGAAUGGGAGAAAAGCGGGCAAACACAUCGUGGUCGCGGGAUGUGUACCGCAAGGUGCACCAAAGUCACCUUUCCUCAAGGGAUUGAGCAUAAUAGGUGUGCAACAAAUCGACCGAGUGGUGGAAGUCGUAGAGGAGACACUGAAGGGCCACACGGUGAGGUUUCUGCGGACGAAAAAGAACUCCACAGGUAGAAAGAUCGGCGGCUCUACGCUAAAUCUGCCCAAGAUACGAAAGAAUCCGCGAAUUGAGAUCAUAGCUAUUAGCACAGGAUGUCUGAAUCAAUGCACCUACUGUAAAACGAAACAUGCGCGAGGCCAAUUGGGUAGUUACCCGCCCGAUGAGAUCGUUGCGCGAGCGUUGCAAGCGUUCGAGGAAGGUGUUUGCGAGUUGUGGAUCACGUCGGAGGAUACUGGUGCUUACGGUAGAGAUAUCGGUACCAAUUUACCGGAGCUACUGUGGAAGCUGGUCGACGUGAUCCCCGAGAGUUGCAUGAUGCGCAUCGGCAUGACCAAUCCGCCGUACAUUUUAGAACACCUCGAUGAGAUCGCCAAGAUUCUGAGACAUCCUAAGGUUUACAGCUUUCUGCACAUCCCGGUGCAGUCUGGCAGCGAUCAGGUGUUGGCGGACAUGAAGCGCGAGUACACACGCGCCGAUUUCGAGCACGUGGUGAAUUACCUGAGAGAGCGAGUGCCAGACCUGACGAUCGCCACGGACAUCAUUUGCGGUUUCCCCAGUGAAACGGAGGAGAAUUUCGAAGAGACACUGACGCUUUGCCGGAAGUACAAGUUUCCGAGUCUCUUCAUCAAUCAGUUCUUUCCUCGGCCUGGCACACCCGCCGCUAGGAUGCCGAGGAUACCCACGCAGCAAGUGAAGGCAAGGACGAAGAAGCUGACGGAAUUGUUUUAUUCUUACGAGCCGUAUGAAAAUCAAGUUGGAAAGCUGUGUUGUGUGCUGGUGACGGAAGUGGCGCACGACAAACUGCAUUACGUAGGCCACAACAAAUUCUACGGGCAGGUGUUGCUCCCUAAAGAGGAGGAAUAUAUGGGAAUGAUGAUUUUAGUGAGAAUCACCGAGGCAACCAAAUUCUCGAUGAAGGCGGAAUAUGUUGAAGGUUACUCCCCAAGAUCUAGGCUUCCUCCGACGUCUCCACCGCCACGAGGAAUCAUUUCUGGAUUACCGAGCGAGACGAAACCGCCAAAAUACAUGACAGCGACACUUGCAGUGAUCUUUCUCGCCGUGAUACUUAGAGUGCUAUGGAAUUUCCUGCAUUAUUGCAACAUUUUCUGAUUAGAUAGUUUUUAUAAACGAUAUAUUACGCAUCUCAAUCAUCAUCAAUUAUGAAAAUUGUGUAAAAUAGAUUUUUUAUAACGUAUAUGAUCUUGUUAUUUAUUUAAUGUAAACAUACGAGAGUCUUGACUCGUUGACUUGGAAUGAAAUAAAAGAUGCAAACACGUGAAAGAAAUGUUAUUAUACUUAAUUGACAAUAAGGAACGUAUCCCGAACGGGCUUACAAUGUUUGAUUAUCUUAACGCAGAUGCGAUACACCUCUCUCUCUCUCUCUCUCUCUCUCUCUCUCUCUCCCCCCCUCUCUCUCUCUCUCUCUCUCUCUCUCUCGUAGACGCUUGCGUAUUUUACAAUUGGUCUAACGCGUGAAAUUUUUCAAAUUGUGAAACAAUAUGUAAUCGGGAGUAUUGAGCAUUUUCGCACUUUUAAUCUAUUCUAGAAACCGAGUACGCUACAAAUUCCUUAUGUUCUAUGUAUUAAAAUACGUUUGUUUUCUUAUAAAAAUAUCAAGAUUUAUUUAACUUAUUGUAUAUAUUCAUCGCGCAAUUUAUUUGGUAUCACCUUCUCAUUGCUAAAGAUUUCUUCUCUGCCCAUUUUUUUCUUUUUUCUUGUCCUUUAGACAGAGCUUAAAUCAACAAAGUGUACUGGGUUCCUGCCAGAGUAUCUCCUGAGUAUUAAAAAGUAAAGGUCUACGGAUAAAAUUUUUUUAAAUACCAUUACAAUUGCAAUUGCUUAUGUGAGACGACGAAUC